AUGGCUUUGAAGAGGAGUCCUCGACCUCUGGACAACGGGCUGUGGGAUUGUUCUGUGCCCUACUACAACACUUUCAAACUACAUCUGGAAUGCAAUCAGGAGUCGGAGUGCGACGGAGGACAGGAUGAGGGACUUCAUUGUCCCUACAGUAGCCUCGCCUGUAACGGCUCUCCGGACUUUGUUAAUCUUUCAAACGUAGAGGUUUUAAACAUGUCGUUUAGUCAGGUUCAAAGAAUAACAGAUAAUGGUUUUACUUACCUUGUACAGUUAAAACAAUUAGACGUAAGAAAUAACCCACUGGAUAUAUUUCCUCGAAAAGUUCUAAAGGCCGCAAACUAUUUACAAACGGUUUAUUGUGAUAAUUAUAAGCUCUGUUGUCCGCAAAACCUUCCAGACGCGUUUGAAACCGGUUCCUGUUUCGCUCCUGUCGAUGAAAUUUCGUCUUGCGAUGAUCUUUUGCGAUCAGACAUUUACCGCGUGUUCCUGUGGCUCUUCUGUGUUUUGUCAAUUACCGGGAAUAUUGGGGGAUUUCUUUUUAGGCAACGUUUUCAGAAAAGCCUUUCUUUGUCCGGUUUCAAUGUGUUUGUUACUAAUUUGAGUGUAUCUGACUUUCUCAUGGGCGUGUAUCUGGCUAUACUCGGCGUAGCAGACGAGACCUACCGGUCAAUCUAUUUAUGGCACGACCUCCAAUGGAGAGACAGCACGACCUGCAAAGUGGCCGGCUUCCUGUCCUUCAUGUCCAGCGAGGUGUCGACUUUGAUCAUCUGUCUCAUCACCAUCGACCGUUUUAUCGUUCUCCGCUUUCCGUUCAGUAAAUUCCGCUUUGAGCGCUGGUCAGCCUCGUGGGCUUGUGGACUGGCCUGGGCUGUGGGCUUUACACUGGCCGCUGUUCCUCUGUUGCCGUCUUUCUUUUACUGGGAGUUUUAUGGUCAAAAUGCUAUCUGUAUCCCGCUGCCAAUAACCAGGAAAAGCUUUCGAGGUCGUAAUUACUCAUUUGGAAUUAUGAUAGUUUUUAAUAUGUUCCUUUUUAUACUUAUUGCGCUUGGCAGGUCUGCAUAUACUGGUCAGUGCGAAUGAAUUCUAUGAAAGUAAACUCGACCAAGAAAUUAAAAGAUAUCAUCAUAGCACGCCGCCUGGCCACCGUGGUUGUGUCUGACUUCUUGUGCUGGUUUCCAGUCGGAAUGGUCAGCAUCAUGGCUGCUUUGGGAUUCCCCGUUCCUAGUGAGGUGAGUGUGGCUAUGGCCAUCUUUGUGCUUCCUCUCAACUCAGCUUUAAAUCCUUUUUUGUAUACCUUCAAUGUGCUACUAGAGAAGUGGAAACGUGCCGAAGAGGAACGCAUCUUAAAGAAAGUAUUGCUCAAAUUUUCAUCAAAUGACAAAAGUUAA